AUGAGCACUGUCACACGAGAAAUAAAUACAGCUGUCAUACGAGUCUGUACAUUCAAUUUACGUUUUGCUAAUAUUGAUAAAGGCACACCAAAUGAAUGGGAAAAACGAAGACCAAUUCUAAAAGAUUGUCUCAAAAAAAUGCAACCAACAAUAAUCGGAACACAAGAAGGUUAUCCACCACAACUUAACAAUAUUCUUGAUGAUUUAAAUGAAUCUACAAAAUGUUGGUCAUGGAUGGGUGAAGAACUUAAUGAGUGGCAUAUAAUUAAUGCUAUAUUCUAUCGUCAUGAUUUACUUUCACUUAUUUCAACAAAAACAUUUUGGUUCAAUGAACAUCCUUCAACAAUUGGUUCCGCUUGGGGUGCAAAACAUCCUCGUGGUUGUACACGUGCUCAAUUUCAACAUAUAAUAACCAAGAAACCAUUCAUUAUCUACAAUGUUCAUCUAGAUUGGCCAUCUCAAAAAGCACGUCAUUACUCAAUACCUGUUCUAUUAUCACAAAUAGAAGAAAAUGGUGAUCAUGUUGAUAAAGUUAUUGUUACUGGAGAUUUUAAUAAUUGGCCAGAAGAAGUUGAAAAUGAAACACCUAUUGAUAAACUUAUUCUAUUAGGACAACAAGCAUCUGAAAUCGAACAAAUGAAAAAAGCUGGUUUUGUUGAUACAUAUCAGCAUGGUGAAACACCAACGUUUAAUGGUUUUCGAUCGGUUGGUUAUGGUCCAAAAAUUGAUUUUGUGUGGAUUUCAUCAAAUAGCGUUUAUCGUGUUAAAGGUGAAACAAAAGUUGAUGAGUAUCAUGACGAAAAUGGCUUUUUUCCAUCUGAUCAUUUUCCUGUAUAUGCGGAUCUGAUACAUACUGGAUAG